AUGACGGAUUUCUUCCCCAACGGCGACGUUUUCCAAGCCUCCCGUGCUGGUGACGUCGAACGCCUCAAGUACUUGCUAGAAUCGGGCGUUAAUGUCAACGCGCGGGACCAGUGGGAUUCCGUUGCCUUGUACUAUGCUUGCCUCGCCGGACACCUUGAUGCCGCCCGCAUGUUGCUGGAGAGUGGAGCUAUUUGCUCCGAGCACACGUUUGACGGCGACAGGUGUCACUAUGCCGCUUUGAAUUUGAAGGUCAGGAAGUUAUUGAAGGCUUUUGAGGCUAGGCCGCCUCCUUUGGCACCGUUGCAGGCCGCCUUGAGAGACACUUUUUUGAGCUGUGAGGCGAAUAGGGUUUAUUUGGAAGAGAGUGAGGGUAUUUAUCAUGUUUCAGGUCUUUCAUCCAGUGGGGUAUCCAAUCUCAAUCACUUCCCUCCAGAUGUUGUAUUUUUUGUGCAAGGUAGGCCCAUUGAAGCUCACAGAGUCAUAUUAAGUGCUCGGUCACCUUUUUUUAAGAGAAAGUUUGAAACUGAUUGGAGAGACCGCAGUGAAGUGAGAUUAGCAAGGGAAAAGUUAUCGUAUCCUGCUCUUUACGGUCUCGUUCACUUCUUUUAUUCUGACAGACUAGAGAUUGCUGUAGAAGACAUGGAAGAUCUGGUAAGAAUCUGCAAAGUAUGCAAAUGUGAAUCUUUACAAAGGAUUCUUGAGAAAGAAUUGAUUCACCAAAAAUAUGCAGAGUACAAAGCACUGAGAGAUAUAGACAACUCUCAGAAACGUUAUAUCUUACAGGGCCUAUCACUUCCUGAGGAAGACAGGCUUCCUGCUUCCCUGCAUCGGAUCCUUCAGAAUUCUCUGGCGAGGUCUGCCAUGCAACAAAACAUAGAGAAUGAUGUUGAUAGGCUAGUAUCAUCUUUUGCUGUAGUGCAAAUGAAUGAUUGUGUAGAUGAUCUUGCCGAUAUUUGUGUAAGAGUUGAUAAUAAGAUUUUUCGCUGCCAUCAAGUGGUUUUAGCAUCCAGGUCAGAAUACUUUAGAGCAAGACUGUCCCAUAUGAAGGACUUUCAUGAAGGGAAAGUUGGGCUACCUAGUGACACUGUUCCUUGUCUUGAAGAACAUGAUUUAAGCAUGGAGGCAUUUGAGAAAAUGGUGGAGUAUAUGUAUACUGAUGGGCUAAAGGAUAUCGAUCCAGAUCAGGCAGAGGAAAUGUUUGAUGCAGCUUCAAGGUAUCUAUUAUUUCCUCUUAAGCGUGCGGUUGCUGAUGUACUGCUGCCACAACUGGAAAUGGUCUUACCAGCAGAACUGUGCCAUUGGCUGAUACUGUCAGACAUGUAUGGUGUCAUUAAGAUCAGGGAGUAUUGUCUCGAUACAAUAGCCUGUAACUUUGAGACGUUUGCUGACACUCGUCAGUUCCGAGCAAUGCUUUUAACACUGCCUCCACCAUCUGGAGAUUCAUCGCUGCGCACCACUGCUCCAAGCGCUCCGGGAGCUGUUGUAAGUACAGACCAAGGAAAUCUUCUUGAUGAUUUGCGAGACAAAUGGCUUGAAGCUGAAGCUGCUGAGCUCGACAAGAGAGAUGAGAGUGCAUUACUUUUUGACAAGCGCCUAGAGAUGCUCAUGCUUGUGGCAGAGAAAGAAUCUGAAGCAGUAAUCGAUGAUAUUCAGGAUUCCCCAGCAUGA